AUGGGGGCUAAGGCCAGCAAGCCUCCUGCACCACCUCCUGAUUCUGUGAAUAUUUCAAGUGAGAACAAACCAAUCACCAAAAGCAGCAACGACGAAACUGAUCAGAGUAAACCACCGAGUGAUGCGCUACUGCGGUUGGCCAUGGGGGCAAAGGAAAUUGAAAAGCCUAGUGACACGAAAGGCGGGCAAGAUCGACCAGGAUCUGGGAGUAUUGACACCGUCAAUGGAAGCCCCUUAAAAUCAUUAAUGCAGCAGUCGAUACUUGGAGAACAGUUGCCAGUGGCGUCCUCCAUGCUACCCGAUGUAUCGUAUUCAAUGCGCGAUAGUCCCAGCCAUGUUGCCACUCAGAAUCCUGUCGACGGGCUAGAUCAAGCAAUUAAUGUCGGGUCAAUUCGGAAGAAUACUGGAGCACAGAAUGCACAAGUGCUUCCUCGACAGGGAUCAAACGUUAAUGCGGCUCAGAUAGCAUCGAUUCCUUUGCAACAGCCACAGAUUGCAAGAGCACCAGGUUGGGUAGCAGGGAUGCCUCCAAGAGGACGAGGAAGUCCGAUUCCGACUGGAUAUCGAGCUCCUCAAGGUCCAAACGUCCCGAUGCCUCGCGGAUCACUCCCAUCUGCUCGAGGAAGGGGAUAUCCCGUUCAUAUUGUGGUUUCAGGAGACCGCAACAUAAUUCAACAACAACAAUCAGGAGAUCCGAACUUAAAAGCCAGGAAAGUUGAGAGCAGUAGCAGUGACGGAGACGAAGACUCUGGCGAAGAUAUUGAGAAAGAGGACGAAGACGUGGAAGACUGGGAUCUUGGUGACGAAGCCAUCACUGUGGUAUUAACACCCACUGCGAAAUCGCCUCGAAGCAACAGUCCAGCCAAAAUGACAGUCGGAGCCUCUCAGGUACAGCAAUCAAGCAACAGCAACCUGAAAAGCGAGUCCCAGAAGACCGAACAGGGUGCUGCGAAUCCACCAGUGUCGCUACCACGCCGUCGAUCUUCAGGCUUUCAACCAAAAUUCCGACCAGCCCUUGAUCUAUCCGACGAUAUCGAGAACGUGGAGUCCGAUAGCAAUGAUAGCAGUGAUGCCAGCGAAGACGUAGGUGAAUCCGACGAUUAUGUUCACGACUGGCUGGACGGUCCUGUAGAUCUACCGCCUCAAUCCCCCGUCAGACGUGUAGUUAGUCCAGCCAAGCCUAUAACGCCUUUGAUGUCAGCACGGGAAGGUCUCCAAGCCAGUCCGGCUCAGUCUCCGUCACGACACGUGCACGGCCUUACCAUCGUACCCCCAGCAAGCGGUUCUCCUACGCGCAUAACAUCAGGACUGACGCCAGGACGCACACCUCAGCCACCAUCUUAUCGUCAAGGUAAUAUGUCGCCAACCCGAAGUGCCGGUGCAUCGCUCUCUAUGUCUCCAGCCAAGCAGGGUUCAUAUCGUUCAGGCAUCGUCAAUAACCUCGCACCUGCAGUUGUUCCACUUGUAAUGGCAGGCGAUAUGUCUCCUAGUAAGUCAGCGCCGUCGCCUAGUGGAUCACCCGCUGCCUCUGCCAUUCGAGACACAAAAGUAGUAAAGAAGAAGAAAGCAGAGUUGCCUCAACACAACUUGCCUCAUCCAGUCCCGAAAUUUGGCGAUUGGCUUAACUCACGCACGAUGAUCAACAACUACAUCAUUCUAGAACCUCUAGGCGUCGGAGGGUACGCCGAAGUGAAGCUCUGCAAGGAGAAACAGUCCGGUAAACUAUUUGCGAUGAAAUUUAUCAGUCGUGACGUGAUGAAGAAAGAUAAACUGGGCAAACAGAGCAAACUGGACGAUAUCAAGCGCGAAAUUGCCAUCAUGAAGAAGCUCAACCACCCGAAUGUACUGCGUUUGUAUGAAGUUAUGGACGACCCGAAGAUGAACAAACUUUUCCUCGUUCUCGAGUACAUGAAGCACGGCGACAUGUUGUCGUUUCAGAAGAAGAAAAAUCCACAGGGAACACUGGAAAACCUGCGAGAUCGAGAUCUACACAGUGUUUUCCUGCAAGUCAUUCUAGGAUUAGCCUACCUUCACGAACAGAAAAUUGUACAUGGAGAUAUCAAGCCUCAGAAUCUUCUCGUUGGGGACAAAGAUGUCGUGAAAAUUGCUGAUUUCGGCAUCUCGCAAUCACUUUACGGUAGUAAACAAAAGAUCACGGAUGUAGCCGGUACUCCUGCGUUUAUGUCGCCCGAAAUGUGCUCAGGUGAAGAGUUUUCAGGUCAACUCGCAGACGUCUGGGCGCUUGGAGCUACGAUCUUCAUGCUUAAAUUCGGAAACCCUCCGUUCUUGGCUAAAAGUGCCAUGCAUAUGUUCGAAAGGAUUCAGAAUGACCCCUUAGUAUUUCCUGCGGCAAUCGACCCGUUGUUGGCCCAUUUGCUCAAUGGGAUGCUCACAAAAUCGACACAGAAGCGUCUUACGCUUCUCGACGUUAUGGUUCACCCCUGGGUUACUAAGAACGAGAAACACAAUUUGGCUACUAAUCGACCUUCGCGACCAAUCUCAGUGUCUAAAGAUGAGAUUGAGCAUGCCGUGGGCGCGAAUCACGUAGCGAUCGUUGUGAAUAUUCGUAAGCAGAUGCACAAGCGUCUCAAAACAGCUCGUGAGAAUCUGGAAGCGAAGAAAAAAACGACGACAGACUGGGAAAACUCGAAUAUCGUGUUCGCACAGUCACCAAAGUCGAUAAAAGCGAAGAAUUUCGCUAGAACCAACAAAAUUUGUGCUGUGACAUCCGACGAUGUGGUAUCGGACGAGCGCAAAGUUCUCUCGAGUGAAGAGACCGAUUACCGCUCGCAACUGUUCUCGCGCAAGAAAGCGAGUAACAAGAACACAUUGGAGGUUCUUCCACCCAGUGAAGAUCAUGCGGAGCCUCACGUUCACAGUAUGAACGAUAGUCUCGAUGACGAAGAGCUCAUUUCAGAUGAUGACGAUCUGGCAGUGUCCCAGUCGCCGCAACUACUCGACGAAUUACUACUAACAACGCUCUCCAUGCCACCUUUAGCAAGUAUCACGAAUAGUAAUGGAAGCAGUGGCAACGCCAGUAAACUAUCGACUUCUACUGUAUCUUGUAUCGACAACCGAGCAUCGUGGGGGAGAAAUACCGGAAGCUCCGACGACCUCCGUUUCGACGGCGAAAGCCCCGCUCUGGCUGUUCGUUAUGGCGUUUCAUCAUUACAAGGUCGACGAAGCACACAAGAGGACAGAUGGGUAGUAUUUCCUUCGAUCACAACAACUCUGGGCAAUACCUUGUGGGCUGAUACUGCGUAUGUUGGAAUCUACGAUGGGCACGGAGGGGAGGAAUGUGCCAAUAUUUUACACGAACAACUUCACAAUUGGAUUUUCAAGGCUCCAAACGCUGCUCUUACAGUUAAAGACUUACAAGACUCUUUUGAAUCGCUCGAUGCUUCAGUGUGCGAUUAUUUGUUACACAAAGACGAUCUCAGUGGCUCCACUGCCACUGGACUAAUACUACGACCAGGAGUGAAUAGGAAUAUCCUGCUGACGAUCGCACAUGUGGGAGACUGUCGUCUUGUAUUAGGCAAACGUGACGGUGAUACGGUAGAGCUCACACAAGAUCAUCGUCUUACAUUAGAAGCCGAACGCGAGCGUGUUAUUCAACUAGGAGGUCGUGUGGUAAAUAACCGAGUUAACGGUGUUAUGGCGAUAACUCGGGCUUUUGGGGAUCUUGAAUUCAAAGGGAUGUUGGACCAGCCACAAGCAAAUGCAGGGUCUUCAGGAUUUGGACGUGCUUUCCGUGACAAUGAAAAAGUACCGCCGUUGCUUACGGCGAAGCCUGAUGUGCAUGAACUGGCGCUUAACCCGAAAGACGACGCCUUCCUGCUUCUGGCUUGCGACGGAUUAUGGGAUGUUUUAACAAGCGAAGAAGCUACUGCGAUUUUUCGAGAGCGUGUGGAGUUGCAUGGAGAUUUACAGCUAGCAGCCCAUGAACUGGCCCAGGAGGGGAUUCGUCGGUACUCUAACGACAACAUUACGGUCAUUGCCGUUCUUCUACAGCCGCCAUAAUG